AUGUCUCCAUCAUUGAAAUCUCGUGCCCAAGCCGCCAUCUGGGGCGUCUGCGUAGCCGACGCACUCGGUGGCCCCGUACAAUUCAAAGACCCAGGAACAUUCGAGCCGAUCACAUGCUUAAGAUUUGUCGAGCCCUACAAGCAACCAGCUGGGUCCUACUCCGACGACGGAUCUAUGACUCUGGCCUUGGCAUGCUCCUUCAACAAGUCCAACAUGGAAUACAACCAUACGCUAUCAAUCCAAUACUUUGUCGAGUGGGUGACAGACGGCCAUUUCAGUACUAUCAACCGCUCGUGGGAUGUAGGACGUUCCACUCGCGUCUCCCUGAAGCAGUGGAGAAAGUAUGGUAUGGAGAAGGGUGAUUUCGAAGUUGCACAGAAGAUGGUCAAUAAUAGAUUGGAGUACGAAGAGUGCUCUGGGAACGGGAGCUUGAUGAGGAUUGUCCCGAUUGGACUAGUGUACUGGCGAGAUUCUGAACUGGCGAGGCAAAUCGCCAGAAGACACAGCCAGAUCACUCAUCCUUCGCUUGCGUGUGUGGAAGCCUGUGAAGUGUAUACGGAGUUGGUAUGCAAGGUUAUGAAUGGUUGGUGUUUUGAUUCUGUUUUCGUCCAAGACUUGCCCACUGACAUUUUAUUAGGCGAGUCGAAGAAGCAACUCUUCCACGCGGUCUCCGUGUUCCCUUUCACUCACCCUGCUCUGAAGGAGCGCAUGUCACAGUACAGGUACAGAACGCUCACAGACUGGAAGUCAAAGGAGCCUAGUGAUAUGAAGAGUAGUGGAUGGGUUGUUGAUACGCUUGAAUGCGCUCUGUGGGCAUUCUUCAAGUAUGACACCUGGAAGGAUGGGGCGUUGGCAGUCGUCAAUCUGGGUGGUGACUCGGAUACUGCUGGGGCUGUUUAUGGGGGUCUUGCGGGCUCGUUCUAUGGGUUUGACGCUAUUCCUGGUGAAUGGGUGGAUGGGAUGCAGAAUAAAGGGUUUAUUGAGAGUAUCGCUGGUGCUCUGUCUGAUGGGAUUGCUUGA